CAUAAUCGUUGGCAGGACGCUCGGAGAGACGGGAUAUUCGCUGGCUUGACGUCGGGUCUGGCAGGAGCGCUGGUAGGCUCCAAAUUUAUGGGCUUUGGCCGGAAUAAAACUAUUAUCAGUGGUGCUUUGACGGGUCUGUUAUCCGGUUACUUCUUCACCCAGGCAUUCCUUGCCUCCAACAUGGCUCAAUUAAGAUCAAAA